AACAACAUCCGUAUAAAAUCUAUCGAUAUUUUCUAUUUUUCUCUCAAUGUCUUUAGUAUUUUGUGUCGCGCAACGAAUAAUCAGCAAUACAUACAAUUUAAUUUUAGGAUUUAAUGAGUGGUGGCAAUGCGAAGGUUCUUUGUCAGUCAGUUAGUUAGAAUUAAAGAUCACGUAAGGUCCUAUCACAAAAUGAACACAAUGAAUACCAAGCCGUUUACUGUAUUCGUCGAGGGAAAUAUUGGCAGCGGCAAAACAACAUUUUUGGAACAUUUUCGUAGAUUUGAAGACAUCACGUUAUUGACGGAGCCUGUUGAAGAAUGGAGGAACUUGAAGGGAUGGAACCUACUGGACCUAAUGUACAAGGAGCCAUCCAAAUGGGCGAUGACAUUUCAAUCUUACGUGUCUCUCACAAUGUUGGACAUGCAUCGCAAGCCCACUCCUACACCGGUCAAGUUGAUGGAACGUUCGCUGUACAGCGCUCGGUACUGCUUCGUAGAGCACAUGAUGAGGAGUGGGACGUUACAUCCAGCUGAGUUUGCCGUCCUAGACGAAUGGUUCAGAUUCAUUAUGAAUCAGAUUCAUAUUGAUGCUGAUCUGAUUGUAUACCUGAAGACUACUCCCUCAGUAGUCUAUGAGAGGAUAAAGAAAAGGGCCAGGUCAGAGGAGCAGUGUGUGCCACUGUCCUACAUAGAGGAACUACACAAAUUACAUGAAGACUGGCUUAUUAAUAGAGAACAUGCUGAAUGUCCUGCCCCUGUUUUAGUGUUAGAUGCUGACUUGGAUCUGUCUCAAAUAACAGAAGAGUACAAAAAGAGUGAGCACCAAAUAUUAAGAAAAGCUGUUGACGUGGUGAUGAAUUCACCAAAUAAACUCAGCCCAAAGAAACCCAUCACAACUUCUCCAAUACACAUAGUACCUCAAAGAAGAAUAUUAUAAUCUUAGCUACUAUUUUACUUUUAAAACGAUUAAUUUAAUUUGACUUAUUUCCUUAUAGUUUUUAUGACCUUAGUAUUUCUUAGUUUGUAAGUUUAUUAAUGAUAGGACCACCUAAAAUAAUUUAUUGUUGUGACAAAUUGUCACAGAAGUGAUUGACCUUCAUUGGGUGUCUUUGCUUUAAUUCAAAGGUAAACUUUGAUAUCCUGACCAGUGUCUAAUUAUUUAUACUGUAAUAAUAUUAAUAAUUUGCUUGACUUUUUAAUUAUGUACCUAUCUAUUGUUAAGGGUUUCUUUUAUGUAUUUUCACGCAUUUAUUAUUUCCUUUAAUUUACUGUACAAUGUUAGUGAAAUCACUGUAUCUAUGAUAGGUUUUGUCAAUAUAAAUUAUAAUUUUUUUAA